AUGUCAGCCAUAACGAGGUGUUCCCGCCUUCAACCAGCUUCGAUCAGGCUAGGCUUGUCCCAGUCGCAGCGUCGGUUUGCAGGUGCUGAGGCCACGGCAUCUGCACGCAAAGAGGGUGAUAUUUCAUCGGUUUUCAGGUCCCUCUCUGGCGCCGAUGACGAGGCAUUGCCUACGAGGUUUGCCGACGUCAAGAGGGCACUCCUCAGUCGCAGUCCAAGCAGGAACGCCCUUCAUGCGAGCUGGAAUCGUCUCCUGGAGCGUCUCAGGGUUGAGACGGAAGAGAUCAAGGCUAAUAGGAACACUAUCGUGCCGGAGAUUCCAUUCUCUGACUUGGCAAACCCUUCACCUUCCUUUAACGAGGCGUUCCGAAAACGAGGUGUUGCCGUCGUGCGCCAGGUCGUACCAGAAGAUGAGGCCCGUUCAUAUAAGACGGAGGUACAAAAGUACAUUGCCGCGAACCCUUCCACGAAAGCCUUCCCUCCUCAUGACCCCCAGGUCUUUGAGCUGUAUUGGUCCAAGUCUCAACUAGCGGCACGCUCUCAUCCCAACAUGCUCAAAACGCAGAAGCUCCUGAUGUCGUAUUGGCACUCGAAAGACGCCAAUGCAGAGUUCUCGUCCGACCAACCCCUGACGUAUGCCGACCGUCUCAGGAUCCGUCAGCCUGGCGACGCUGGCUUUGCAUUGGGCCCCCAUGUCGACGGCGGCAGCGUGGAGCGAUGGGAAGACGAUGGCUACGGCAAGGGUCACGUCUACGACAAGAUAUUUGAAGGCUCCUGGGAGGAAUUCGACCCCUGGGAGACAAGCACGCGGCUUGAUGCUGUCUCCGACCUGUACAAUGGCGCCGGUUCAUGCUCCAUGUUCCGAAUGUUCCAGUGGGACUCUCAAAUCAUCGACCAUUCACAGUCAGUUGCUAACCUUUGUCGCAGAGGCUGGCUCAGCAUGUCACACACAGGCCCUAAGGAGGGAACUCUACUUGUGAACCCCCUGUUCAACCUCGCCACCGCAUACUACCUCCUCCGGCCGUUCUUCACACCCAAGGCACUUCCCGCCCAUAACUCUGCCACUGGCGAGGGUGAGCAGGUGUACCAGCCUGCGUUUCUGGAUCCGAGCAAUUGGAAGUUGGAAGACUCAAUCACGUCGACACUCCAAGGCGCUUGGCCCGGUAGCGGCCAAGAGCUCAACCACGGCUGGCACCCCCAUCUGAACCUCCCCUUCACCAUGGUCCACGUCCCCCGCAUCAAGCCGGGCGAUUACGUCGCAUGGCACUGCGACACUAUCCACGCCGUCGACAAGGUUCACCAGGGCACCGGGGAUUCGAGCGUGCUCUACAUCCCUGCGUGUCCGACCACGAGGCCAAGCCUUGACUACGUGAGGCGGCAGCGCGAUGCCUUCGAAGCUGGGAUUCCGCCGCCGGACUUCCCGGGCGGUCUCGGCGAGAGCGAGCACAGGGGCAGGCCGGGUGUGCAGGACUUCCACUCCAUGGCGGACAGUGCGGCGCGGAAAGCUGCGGGCUUUGCGGCGUUUGAUGCGGCGGCAUCUGCGACGCAGGCGGAGAAGGAUUUGUUGCAGUACGGAAACAAGGUCAUGGGUUUGUCGAGAUGA